ACCACCACCACCACCUCCUCCUCGCAAAUGCCGUCUGCUUUCUCCGGUGUUCGCGCGUGAACGACGGCUAGGGCACGAGGCAAGGCGGCGACAUGGCGGACGAGAUGGAUUUGGGUGACAUAGUGCUCUCCUGGUCGAUCCAGCAGAUCACCGACGACGACCUCUACAGGGGGAAGGUUGAGACUAUUCCCUGCAACUUCAAGUCAGUUGAUCACUAUCUCCAGGCGUUUCGCGUGCCUCUGAUUGAAGAAACAAGGUCAGAUCUGUCCUCAUGCCUUGAACUCAUCAAUGAAGCACCCUCGUCGAAAAUACUCUCGAUGGAGGGGGCAGGAAAGACAGGAUUAUACUACAUGGAUGUGGACUUUUGGGACAAUGGGGCUGGUUUUUCUGCUGAAGCAUAUACCGCAAGGAAUGGUGAUAUAUUUAUCCUGUCUAGCUUGAGACCUGGAGCUGUGGAGGACUUGAACCGCUAUGGUGUGACAUAUUGCUUGGCAAUGGUUACUGAGGUUUCUUUGGAUGAUGAAUACCAGAAGGGCUUCAGAGUUAAAGUUACAAAGGAUAUUGGUUCCGAACAAGACUUGAGUAAACUCACACAUGCAAUAUUUCUCAAUAAUAUCAUGACAAACAAAAGGAUAUGGCAAGCACUUUCCUUUGACACGGACAUGGGCAACAAUUUCACAAUAAUUAAGUCACUUUUAGCCCCCACAAGUUUGGGUGAAGAUGCAUGUGGCAUCUGUGUUAAACAAGAUGGGGGCUGUCUUCCUUCUUUGUCAGAGCAAUUACUAUCGAUUGAACUUAAUCAAUCUCAAGUGGAUGCUAUCGAGUAUGUGAUCUCAGCUGUACAAUGUAGGCAUACAAACCUCAUGAAGCUUAUAUGGGGUCCACCAGGUACUGGGAAGACCAAGACUGUUAGUGCUUUACUGUGGGCUUUGGCAUGUGUGAAAUGCAGAACUCUUACUUGUGCUCCCACUAAUGUUGCUGUCGUUGGAGUUUGCACUCGUUUCCUUCAAAACUUGAAGGAUUUCAGCGAACACAUUGAUGAAAAUGGGCUACCCUUUUCUCUUGGAGAUGUCUUGCUAUUUGGGAACAAGUAUAGCAUGGACAUCACUGAGGGUCUCCAGGACGUUUUCUUGGAUUUUCGUGUGGAUGAACUUGUUGAGUGCUUUUCAUCAUUGUCUGGAUGGAAGUACAGAAUAGCUUCGAUGGUAUCCUUUUUUGACGACUGUGCUUCACUGUAUGAUAUGCUUCUCGAGGAUGAUGAAACAAGUGAACCUGUGUGCUUUCUGGACUUCGUGAAGAAACAAUUUGAUGUGACAGCAGUAGCUCUUAAGAGAUGUAUAGUGAAUUUGUGUAUUCACCUCCCUCGAAGUAAAUUUUCUCAUGAUAGUGUCAUAAAUCUAUCUACAUUGCUUAAUAUGCUGGAAAUUUUUGGUGCCCUUCUGUGCAAUGUAAACUUGACAGAUGAGGGCUUGAAAAGGGUCCUUGGUUGCCUGUCAACUGAAAACUCUGUUUGUCCACAGUCUUCUACUGAGAAAGAACUAGAUGGUGCAAGGUCUGCAUGCCUUAAAUUGCUUAAAGAUCUGCAACAAUCGCUUGAUUUACCCACUGGAAAAGACAAUAACUGGGUCCAGCGCUACUGCAUACGUAAUGCUACACUUCUUUUCUGUACUACCUCUAGCUCUUACCGGUUGCAUCACAUGGAGAUUGCACCCCUCGAUGUCUUAAUUGUUGAUGAGGCUGCUCAAGUGCGGGAGUGUGAGUUGGUGAUUCCGCUACGUCUUCAUUGGCUGAAGCAUGUUGUGUUGGUUGGAGAUGACUGUCAGCUGAGUGCAAUGGUUAAAAGUCAAGUGUGCAAAGAAGCUGGAUUUGGUACAAGUCUUUUUGGGAGAUUGGUUAUGCUAAAAUUCGAAAAACAUUUGCUGAAUAUACAGUAUCGCAUGAAUCCCUGUAUCAGCUUGUUUCCAAAUGCUCAGUUUUAUGAGAGGAAGAUUUUAGAUGGCUCCAAUGUGCUGUCUCCUAGCUAUAAUAAGGAUUACACAUGCCUCCCAUUUGGCAGCUACACUUUUAUAAAUGUCACGGAUGGAAGGGAAGACAAAGAGGGCGCAGGAAAUAGUCGAAGAAACAUGGUUGAAGUUGCUGUUGUUCUACAUCUGGUCCAAACGAUCUUUAGAUUUUAUUCUGCAGGUUGGAAAAGUACAGGCCAAAGGCUCAGCGUUGGUGUGGUUUCUCCAUAUAGUUCUCAAGUUGAUACAAUAAAAGGUAGAGUUGGCAAAAAAUAUGACAAAUGUGAUGGCUUUCAUGUGCGCGUCAAGAGCAUUGAUGGUUUCCAAGGAGAAGAGGAUGAUGUAAUAAUACUAUCAACUGUUAGAUCCAAUGGCAAAGGAGUUGUUGGAUUUCUUGCUGAUAACCAAAGAACAAAUGUUGCUCUUACCAGAGCGAAGCACUGUCUAUGGAUUGUUGGGAAUGCUCAUACACUGUACAAAAGUCGGACUAUCUGGACAGACCUUGUUGCUGAUGCUCGAAGACGUAAUUGUGUUUUCGAUGCCACCAAUGAUGCGACCAUAUGUAAGUUGGUUUUGCAAGUAAAGCAAGAGCUUGAUCAACUUGAUGAUCUUCUUAAUGCUGAUUCAGCCGUUUUCAGCAAUACCAGAUGGAAGGUCAUUGUUAGUGAUGAGUUUAGAAAGUCCUUCACCAAGCUAAAAUCAUCGCAGCUCAGGAGGGAAAUACUCCAAAAGCUUAUCAAACUUGGCGGUGGUUGGAGGACAACUGUUAGGAACUUAGAUAUGCCUGGUGUUUCCAAUCUUGCAAAAGUGUACAAGAUCAGGGAACUUCAUCUUAUUUGGAGUACCGACGUGGAGAAGAGUGAAAACAGGUAUUUCCAGAUGAUAAGAAUUUGGGACCUACUGUCACAGCAACAUGUUGAAAGAACCGUACACCGUCUGGAGUACCUUUUUUCCAUGUACACAGAUGAUUACCUGGAUCACUGCAGAAGAGUGCAGACACUAGGGAAACUGGAGGUUCCUAUGGUUUGGGAUGUUGAUCAUGAAAUGAUUCGCUAUAAGAAGGAUUGUAAAGUUGAUGCUCAGGACGAGCCUGAUCUCGUGGAUACAUCAUAUGCUAUGGAAAAUUCAAAAGUUAGCGAAAGCUUCUUGCUGAUGAAAUUCUAUUCAUUAUCUUCUGGAGUGGCACAGCAUUUGCUGACAGCUUCUGAUGGUUCUGAAAUCGAUAUCCCCUUUGAACUGACUGAUGAAGAGAAGGAGAUAAUCCAGUUCCCGCUCACUAGCUUUAUACUUGGGAGGUCAGGCACUGGAAAAACCACUGUAUUGACAAUGAAACUGAUUCAAAAAGAGCAGCAGUCAUUGAUUGCCUCCCAAGGUCUAAAUUUCAAUGAAGAUGAUUUGUCUGGACUGGAUGACAAAAGUAUGAUGCCACUGAAUGAUGGAAAAGAAAGAUUUAUGAAACAAGUAUUUAUCACUGUAAGCCCAAAGUUGUGUUCAGCCAUAAAGAAUCACAUUUCCGGACUUAAAAAGUUUGGCUCUGGCGAUGUCUCUGAUCAGCCUAGCAUUCUUCACAUGCAUGACGUCAUUGAUGACCAGGAAGAAUUUACAGAAAUACCUGACAAUUUUAGCAAUCUACCUCAUGAGCACUAUCCUCUUACUAUAACAUAUCGAAAAUUCUUGAUGAUGCUUGAUGGAACAUGUCGUACAUCAUUUUUUGAUGUGUUCUAUGCUGAAAUGAACAAUAGCACCGAGAGAGGGCAAUCAAAAUCUCGUGCACUGCAAACAUUUAUUGAAUUGAAGGAAGUCACCUAUGAGAAAUUUGCUGCUUCCUAUUGGCCUCAUUUUAAUGCAGACCUGACCAAGAAUCUUGAUGCAUCCAUUGUCUUUACUGAAAUAAUUUCUCAUAUAAAGGGUAGAUAUCAAGCAAGCAGGCCUUAUACCAGCAAGCUUGGAAGACAUGAUUAUGUGAUGCUCUCAGAUAAAAGAUUUUCAUCACUGAACAGUGAGAAGAGAGAUAUGAUUUACAGUAUUUUCAUUGCUUACGAGAGUAUGAAACUGAUUGCCAGGGAGUUUGACUUGUCAGAUUUUGUCAAUAGUCUUCACAUCAGUCUUAUAUCUGAGGGCUACAAUGGAGAUCUGCUGGAUUUUGUUUACAUAGAUGAGGUGCAGGAUCUAACUAUGACACAAAUAGCACUUCUUAAGUAUGUCUGCAGGAACUUCAAGGAAGGCUUCCUUUUUGCUGGUGACACUGCACAGACUAUAGCAAGGGGUAUCGAUUUCAGGUUUGAAGAUAUCCGUUCGCUUUUCUAUACUGCAUUUCUCUCAGAAACUGAAGCGUCUAAUCAAGGACAUGGAAAACAAGUCCAACUUUCUGAUAUGUUCCAACUUACUCAAAAUUUCCGCACACAUUGUGGCAUCCUUCAUAUGGCACAAAGUAUCAUGUGCCUUUUGUACUUCUUUUUCCCGUCAAGUGUUGACAAACUUAAUCCAGAGACUGGACUUGUAUAUGGCGAAGCUCCUGUGCUGCUGGAGUCUGGUAACGAUGAAAAUGCAAUCAUGACUAUAUUUGGAGAAAUCAAAAGUAAGCAUGGUAACAUGCAUGGGUUUGGUGCUGAGCAAGUCAUAUUAGUUCGUGAUGAUGCUACAAAAAAACAAAUUGUUGAUCUUGUUGGUAAACAGGCUCUUAUUUUGACCAUUGUUGAAUGUAAGGGCCUCGAGUUCCAGGAUGUGCUGUUGUACAACUUUUUCGGCUCAUCGCCUUUAAAAAACAAAUGGAGAGUUCUGUAUGGCUACAUGAAAGAUAAAGAUAUUAUAGCACAAUCUGAGGAGAUAUCUCAUCCGGGUUUCGACAGAAGCAAGCAUCAUCUUCUCUGCUCAGAGCUGAAGCAACUCUAUGUUGCAAUCACACGCACUAGACAAAGGCUUUGGAUAUGUGAAAAUACUGACGAUUACUGUCGACCAAUGUUUGACUAUUGGAAGAAGUUGUGUCUUGUAGAGGUUAGAUUACUUGAUUCUUCUCUCGUUCAAGCAAUGCGGACAGGAAGUAGUACUGAUGAUUGGAAGCUACGGGGAACCAAGUUGUUCAACGAGGGGCAGUUCGAAAUGGCUACAAUGUGUUUUGAAAAGGCUGGUGAUGCAUACAGAGAGAAGUGGGCAAGAGCUGCCGGACUUGUAGCAACUGCUGACCGUGCUAUGGCCACAAAUUUGGAGAAGCGCAAUGCUUCAUUGCAAACAGCAUCAGAAAUCUAUGAGUCCAUAGGGAUGCAUGAGAAAGCUGCUGCCUGCUAUAUCAAAUUACAUGACUUCAAAAGAGCAGGUAUGGUCUAUAUGCAAAAAUGUGGUGCUUCCAGGCUUGAGGAUGCUGGUGACUGUUUUGCCAAGGCUGAGUGCUGGUCAGAGGCAGCUGAAGUGUACUUCAGAUCUGAACGUUACACCGACUGUUUCUCGAUGUGCUCGAAAGAAAAGCAAUUAUUCAAUCUUGGCCUGCAGUUCCUUAAACAUUUGGAGGAGGAACAUUUGUUUGAGAAUUCAAAAUUGGAGGUUUCUGCAAUUAGAAAGACGUAUCUUGAGAAUUGUGCUCAGCAUCAUUUUGAGCGCGGUGACAUAAAGCAUAUGAUGCCUUUUGUUAAGGCUUUCAGUUCUAUGGAUCAUGUACGAGCAUUCUUGAACUCUAGGAAUCUUGUUGAUGAACUGUUAAGUUUAGAGAUGGAAAAGGGGAAUUUCCUUGAAGUUGCAGGAAUAGCAAAGCAUAAAGGAGAUGUCUUGCUGGAGGUAGAAAUGCUCGAGAAGGCAGGUUCAUUUGAGGAUGCAACGCAGCUUCUCCUUCUCCAUAUCGUUGUAGAUUCCAUGUGGUCUUCAAAUAGUAGAGGCUGGCCUCCGAAAAAAUAUGCAGAGAAGGAACGGUUGCUUGCAAAAGUCAAAGAAAUGGCGACGAAUGUCUCUGAAUGCUUCUACUUCUUUGCUAGCCUGGAAGCUGAUGCACUGUCAGAUGUGGGCAAGUCCCUUUCCAGAUUAAACUGUACAUUGCUUGAUGGCAGAAAAUGUGGAAACUUGUUUGUUGAAUUUGUUGCUUCCCGUUUGAUUCUUGAUGUUCAUCUUCAGUCUCGAGCAUCUGAAUACAAUUUGGAAUUAGGGCCAGGAUCUGAAGAUGAAAGUAGCUUUAAUGAUAUUGUGGCUCGUAACCAGAUAUCACCCCAUACUCUAGCAUAUGCCUGGAACAACUGGAAGUCAAUCAUAGUCAACGUACUAUCUCAUCUUCGACACACUGCUGGCCCAGAAUUAAAUGAUUAUGAAGUUAUGUAUGAAGAUCUUUGUGCUAAGUACUUUGGGUUGAGGAAAGAUGGUGAAGAUGAUCGAUAUGUCGUGCUUAACAUGAACUCAAGUUGGCUCUCUAACACAGGCAGAAAUUCUUUGCAGCAAGAUGGCAACAGAUGUUGGCUGGAAGUACUUCAGUUUCAUCCAUGUGCCCAGUCUUUCUUGAUGAAUGAGCUGUCUUCUGUUGGUCUGAGUGUACUUAGAAAGUUGGAGUCCAUCGUUCAAAUUCCUCCGAAGCCGGCAUCUUCAUAUGCCCUGGUGAGAACUAUCCUCAUUAUAAAUGAGAUAGCUAAAUUUUUGGAAGAACCAGAGUUCAGCCUGCAGAAAAGUACCACGAAGUUAAGAAGCUUCUCUGCUCUAUGUGUGCGUCACUUCUUUGAGUUAGUUUAUCUUGUGUGGAGAGAUAGGACAAUGAGGAGCCUCUUGCCUGCUAUACUUGACUCACCAGCUGCCUAUGGUCUGAUUGCUGAUUCCCUUGGUGAAAACCUUCGGCCAAAAAUUAAAAAAUUGACUUAUGGGCAUCUUGGGAAAACAACCAUGGUACUGCUCCAUGCAGGGCGAUUGGACGAUGCAUUACUUUCAAGGCUACUACAGUACGUGGACAAUGAUUCUGGGUGGGCAGAUUUUUUUGGAUUUUUGAAGAGCUUUCUUGACACUGGUCUUGAUAGAUCCUCCUUGAUCCUGAACUUUAAGGUUGCUCUGGACUUUACCUUCAAUGGUGUGAGGUGGAGGGAUGAACUGGACUACAUAUCCCCAAUGUGCUAUCUGGGUCUUUUGGAGUUCCUUGGUUUCUUGGCUUCGUCAUACCUUCUACAGAAAGGUCGUAUAUACUGCACGAAAUCUCUGUUGGUCAAUAUGCUGGAGUGCCGUACCAGCAAGCUUUAUCUUGACACCUGCCUGGUAUCUAAUUCGAGCCCAGAUUCCGAUCUUGAUCAUAUGGCAUACCUAUCUGGGCGUUUCAUAUUUCAGAUAAUUAUGGCUAUCUUGACAGACAAGAAUAUGCUGUGGGAGUGGGCACGGAAGACUUCAACACCUAGUAGUUCACCCCCUGAAGUCCUCCUGAGACUAGUGGUCACACUUUAUCCACUGAUCCUAACUCAUGAUCUGGGGAAUUGCUAUGAGGUCACAAAUACUCUUCUCAAGUGUGGAGUGUUUAUGGAUCUACCUAAGGAGUUCGCUCAGAAGAUUGUACCGGCUUUACAGUUGAGGAAUCGCACACUGAGCAACUUCAUAAGGGCUCUUGCUGGUGCACUUGCCGCAAUUGGAGAUCGUAUGGUAAUUAUGGGUUCACCGAAAGCGAAAGGCCCAGCAAUCUGUCGAAGCAUAGCUCAUACGAUUAACACAGCGGAUUUGUCUGACGUUCCAAAGGUAAUGGCUCUUCUUUGUCCUGAAGAGCCAAGUCCUGUAAAGCAAGAGACUGCACUGCCAGAAAAAUCUGAUGGUAACAAAGUCUGCAACGUUACUGGAAACAUUCCUAAGGUGGUUCAAGUUAAUAAGAUGGAGAGUAAAAGUGAAGCAGAUUUAUGUGAUGAGAGUGAUUCCUUCUGGGAAAAGCUUGAGGCUUUUCAAGCCAGCAAGCAAGGCCAGAAUGAUGCAACCGUUGUCUUUCAAUUGCUUAGAGGCGCCAUUUUGUGGCUUGAGCAAAGAGGCUCUCCAGAAAAAAAUAGCACAGAAUUAUUGCAAGAGGUCAGGCGUGUCUGCAGUGAGCUAGAAAAACCUUGUGCAAGGUUGGAGAAGGCGACUGUGGAGGAUCUAUACUCAAUAUGGGAAGACGGUGAGAGCAAACUGCAGAUGAUCAUCAACUAUAUGUGUGACGAGAGGGCAUCCAUGAAGGAAGACGGCAGAAGGAAUGAAGCCGCAGCCAUUGUCCAGCCACAGCAGUCUGACGGAGCAGAUGAUUUGAAUGGAUGCUCAGAUAAUGAACCUGAAACUGGAGGCAACGAGGUGGAACCGGUCAUGGAAGAGGCAAAAGCUGCAGCCUCAGGCUCACAGAAGGCGGCACCCAAGCAGAAGAACAAGAAGAAAUCCAAGAAAUCUAAAGGCCGCAGGAAGUGAGAUGCUGCUAAAGGAGUAUCCCGUGGUUACCUGGAUUGGAAGAAACUUUUAUAUCGCGUCAGUGUAAUACCAAACUGAUAGCUAAGGCUGGUUUUGCUCGCAUGUAACUUAAGGCUCAUGUCGUUGCCUUAACGCUUCUACCUGAUCGUACACACAAGAUAUUAUGUUAAAUUGUGUGUACCCUUGUGUUA